GCUGCUGUGAGGACACCAAAAUGGCGGCCUCCUGGUGGCUCGGUCGGCGGGGGACGGUGCUCGGCUUGACGUUAAUCAAACUUAAUUCUUCAGUGAAAAUACCGGCGUGUUCGUGGAUGCCGCGCAUGUGUCGGAGUCACUUGAGACAUAUUUUCCAGUCGCCAGCUUUCCUCGGGGUGCCCCCACUGAAGGUGGAGAUGCCCGCUCUGUCUCCCACCAUGGAGGAAGGCAACAUUGUCAAGUGGCUGAAGAAGGAAGGCGAAUCUGUGGCAGCGGGCGAUGCCCUCUGUGAGAUCGAGACCGACAAGGCAGUGGUCACCAUGGAGUCCAACGACGAUGGAAUUCUGGCCAAGAUCCUGAUGGAGGAGGGCAGCCGAGGAGUACGCCUGGGCACGCUCAUCGCCCUCAUGGUGGAGGAAGGGCAGGACUGGAAUCAGGUGGAGAUCCCUGCCACAGCUGAGGACAAAGCUGCAGCCACACCCUCUUCUCCAGGCCCCACCCCUGAUGUUGUGGCCCAGCCCCCUGUCCACCAGCCAGUCCCUAGCGGGAGGAGACCUGCACAGCUGCGGCUGAGCCCAGCUGCACGGCACAUCUUGGACACUCAUGGCCUGGAUCCCCAGAUGGCCAUGCCCACUGGGCCCCGGGGCCUUAUUACUAAAGAAGAUGCCCUGAACCUGCUGAAAAAGAGCGAUGCCAAGACUCCACCAGUGGCCAGAGAAGCCCCAGCAGCAGAGCGCCCCCGUGCCCCCACUCUGCCCACUGCACCAGCUUCUGGAAGACCCACAUACCCGCCAGUGUCCGUGCCGGGAAAGCCUGGAGCACCGGGCACCUUCUCGGACAUCCCAGCCUCCAAUGUGCGGCGUGUUAUCGCCCAGAGACUGACCCAGUCCAAGACGACCAUCCCUCACGCCUACGCCACGGUGGACUGCGACCUUGGCGCAGUGAUGCAGCUGCGCAAGGACAUGGCCAAAGAAGAGAUCAAGGUGUCUGUCAAUGACUUCAUCAUCAAGGCAGCUGCGGUCACUUUAAAGGAGAUGCCAGAGGUCAACGUGACCUGGGGGGGGGAGGGCCCCCAAGCACUAGAAUCUAUCCACAUCUCCAUCGCCGUGGCAACGGACCGAGGCCUCAUCACCCCCAUCAUCAGGGACGCUGCCAGCAAGGGAGUGCAGGAGAUCUCUGCCAACGCCAAGGUGCUGGCCCAGAAGGCCCGUGAGGGAAAGCUGCUUCCCGAGGAGUACCAGGGCGGUUCCUUCAGCAUCUCUAACCUGGGCAUGUUUGGGAUCAGCGGCUUCAGCGCAGUGAUCAACCCGCCCCAGGCCUGCAUCCUAGCCGUGGGCCGCUCGCGGAUGGAGCUGCGGCCACCGGCGCCCAGCGAGGAAGAAGGAGCUGCACUCCGCAGGCAGCAGCUCAUGACCGUGACGUUGUCCAGUGACGGGAGGCUGGUUGACGAUGAACUUGCGUCCCGCUUCCUGGACAGGUUCCGUGCCAACCUGGAGCAGCCACAGAGGAUGAGCCUCGCUUAGGGAGGGCCGUCGAGCAGGAUGGGGGAAAGGGGGCUGAGAUUGAGAACGAGGCAGGGGGCGCUGUUUGGCAGAAUGUUUCUGUUGGGUCACUAGAGCAUCCGCAUCUAGACUCCACCCACUUCAUAGAGCUGUUACAUUUCUGUUUUAAUUUGCAUAGCAGAUGGCUUUUCUUCAAAACUACGUGAGAAACGGACAAUCUGCCCCACUGGUUGUUUUCACUUGAGCACAGUCCAGCUCGAGGGGCACAACGUCAACUUUCCUCCUGCGUACUGAACCUCUGACCGUCUGGUCCCUUUCAGUCGAACCCUCAUGUGAUUCACAGAUGCUCUCCUAUGUAUCAUGGCAUUGCUUACUGUGUGGCUCCCAUUGGCACUUUAUUGUCCUCCUCAAGUGUCGCUAUUACUGUAGUUUUCGAGGCUUUGCUGUGAUUGGUGGCUCCCACCGAACCAUUCUGCCAUUUUGGCUGUGUAACAGCAGGGAUGUGUGUGUCGCUGCAUUUCGAACGUGUAUAGUUUCUUCUCUCAAACACUGUUCUAUUUAUUCACAUUGACCCAUGUGAGCUGCAAACAAAUAAAAAAACAAUACUUAA